AAAACGAAAAAUAAUGGAGGACCUGGCAUUCGACAGUUACGUUGGGUGUUUUUUAUCAGAAUAUCAGAAAAGAAAAUCCGUAAUUGAAAUCUGACUGAAAUGUGUGAAAAAAAAUGAAAAAUAUUUAAUUUUAUGCCUUAUGUUCUACGAUUAUUCUCAAAUUCACUGAUCAUACUUGAAGAAUAUGAAACAGCAGCUCUUUUCAACUUGAUGGCGUUGUAAAGAAAUAGAAUAAUCUCCCUUGGAAUUGGUCGGUGUUUCGACAAAUAUUUAACAGAAAUAGUGUUGAAUUGAUCUCAAACGCGAAUCAAGAUGAAGUUGACAAGCGUUUGUUAUCGCGGUCACAAUAUGUACCGUUGGAUCAAAAGACAGUGGUUCUUUCAAGGUAAAAAACCAUUGUUGAAUACACCUAUGCGAGAUAUUUUAAAACGUCAAGGUGUCCAGGUAUAUGAAGCUGCUGAAGUUAUGCAAGAACCUCCAAUCAAAUGGAUGGAACCGAUCAAAACAGUUGGCGUAGGCAGGGUCACGAAAUUAGACGAUGAGCAUCCGUUGAAACAAGACAAGCCGUGUCUGUUCUAUCGCGAUCGUAACGUUUUAGUGGAAGGUCUAAAUCAAGCCAAGCUUUUCACUAAUACCGUAGAGAUUGAAAGCGGUUUGCCUGAAUCGCUAUUGAAAACUAAACAGGAAAUCGACAUCGCAAAUUUCGAAGAAUCCAUUCAAAUGGCUAUAGCUUCAGCUGUAGUUUAUGAUUCGACUCAACAAAAAUUACCCAAACGAAAAAAUCCUGAAAAUCCAGCAUGGAAUUAUCCACGUGAUUACGGUAUUAUAGAUAGUCGUAAGAACUAUAUUAUAUGCAAUAGAUUUAUUCAAUUGUGUGAAAUGAUCGCCAGUUCUGAAUCGAAGAAUAGAUGUAAAGUUCUAGACGCGUUUUUCUCGCUUCCUUUAAUCAGAGAACCAGAUAAUAUCCAAUUACAAUUAAGAGCUGAUCUUUUGGUACUAGCUUCGGAUCCUAUCAAGCCCUUAGCAUCGGCUGAACUUACCUCGGAACUUCGUGUUCCGAAUUUAGAUCCGCUCAAGUACACGGUAUCGUUAGAUGAAGAAUAUUUCUACGAAUUGAAAAAUGCCCAUCCCCUGAAAACAAAAAAUGCGCCUUUCAAGUACCCUCACACGGCGCUGAUACAUUUCAACGAAACCGAAGUGAGAAAUUUAUUCGGAUCACCCGUCACAGAAGACCAAAUAGUGGCUCGUUCGUUGAUGAAAGCGUUUACGAUAGCAGCUGCUCAAGCUCGUUACCUCUACGGCGACAAUGUUGAAGAAUUACCAGAACCGAUAGUGGUACAAUGCAUACAAACGGAUGCGAAAUAUUUCCAUUUUAGCGUAUUCCAAUUAAACACAUUACGUUGGCCAACAGAAAGUACAACUGUUCGUAAUAUCUUCUGGCAUGACGCAAUAUCACAGGCGUACGAAUUUGGCGGUUAUUACGAUGGGCGUCCGACUAUAUCAUCGUAUAAUAACGACGUAUUUAAGACGUUUUUAGCUUUUUACAAAAAUUCGUAAUCGUGAAUUGCGUGAGCUUGUUGUAAUUAUUGUUAGAAAUUAUUUUCUUAAAAAUAAAUUCACUUCAUUUUU